AAUCGAAACUAGAACAUGCAUUUGAGGGAACUUCGUUUUUCAAGGACGUGCUAGUGACGCAAUUUUACUGAACUCUUCGGACUUUCUUCGUAUCUCCAUGCUGGCAGACGUAGUGAACAGUGUAUCGACAUAGACUUCUAGAAAUAUUUUUGGUUCCUUCAAAUUGCAGAGACGUCAAAACCCGGUUCCUCCUAACUCAGAGGAUAUCUCUGAUUUUGGGAAUUAUACACGCAGCAUAGCUGAAAGUUCGCAGUCGUCUGGCGCUGCCCCUUCGUUAUGCGAGUCAGGAUGCUUCUGUGGUGGCGAUGAUGGGCAGCGUUUUAUGAGAAGGUGGCCCUCCACUCCCCAACCAGGCACUCAUGUAUGGAUACGCUAUGGUGGAACUGUAUGCUACGGUCAGGUGGUCCAUUGUAUGCCUGAACUGAAUAUGUUCACUGUGCGUCCAGCUGAUGGCAGUUCCAGUCUUGUCACCCGUGGUCUUGAGGAUAUCUUGCCUUCUACACCACAACAGUCAAUACUAACUCCUCCGACAGAGGAUGAAUGGGACAGUGACAUGGUUGUAUGUGAUGAAAGUAGAGAGAAUCCGCAUGAUAUCGGUAGUUUUACAACGCAGUGUGAAACCUCUAUUUCGGAUUCGUUUUCGUACCCACUGUUUAUUGACGUGCUCUCCAGGGGAUCUAUUGAUGAAGGAGCUUCGUACGAGCCAAUGACUACGUUGUCCGGUUUGCCAUCAAAUUCUACGCCAUCAUUCAGUUUAUCACCAAUCUUGAGUUCUUCUGACGUAAUUGACGUGAAUAUCCGUAAACCAUCUGUAGAACGUUUUGGAAUUUCGUCCCAGAAGACAUAUAUAGAUGACAGUCCUUAUGUACAUCCCUCCUUAACAUUUGGUACUAGUUUACCUUCUCAUAGGUUCAUGGAUCAUUCAUCUGUAGUUCCUCCAGUAACUCAGCGAAUCAGUCCCACAAACAGUAAUGUAUAUUUUCACAAACGCUGGGAUGCAUUUUCUUCACAACCUGAGUUAUCUUCCAAAGAACUUAAGACAGUAUGUGAUGAGGCAUCACCUCUGAACAACCAACAAAUUAGUCCAUCUCAUACUGGGAAUUUUCCAAGUCAGUCUUCAGUGAACUAUAUGGUUGAUGCAGUUUUACACUGGGUUGAGUCUGUCUCUCCGAACGCUGUUUCCGAUUCCAGCGCUGUAGAUAAAAUGGACGUGAGUGAACUCAAGGAAACUAUGAAAUCCUUUUUAACUUCAAAUUCAGCUGAAUGUGAUUGUAUUCGAAGUUGCCAUGCAGACUCUCAUCAACCCUCUACGCUCUUUCCAUUUCCGGAACGAACUCAUAUGCCUGUCAUUAGAACAAGCUCGGAGAGUAGUGAACCAUCACCAUCGAGUAAUAUUUGUAACUCCCCAAAACCAAUUUCAGGUGUAGCAAAUAGAGGAUGCAUCCCUUCACACCAUGUUCAGCCGACUGAAUUCCGAGGUUCCGAUCCGCAACAUCAAGAAAGAUCACAGUACUCUUUUGGGAAACAUACAUCUAAGUGUCCAAGAUACUUAUCCAGUCUUGUUGAGCAAAACCCAGUGGAACUUUUGAAGGAAAAGAUACCACUGAGUAGCAUAUGUGGUUGCAAGUCGUUUCAAGGAGAAACAACUAUCACGAAUGUGUCACGCCUGAAUCCAAUUUGUGAAAAUUUACCCACCAAUUCGCCCACUCCUCUUCAUUGUGCAGAUUCUAUGAGUGAUUCAGGUUAUGCUGUUACGACGCCUGAUUCUUCCACAAUUCCUCUUGUUUACGCUCAACAAAUUCUCCCAUCAUUAAUUAAUGAACGUGGGUCUUUAAGUUUCCAGUUAUUGUCUUCCAUAUUAGCGCAUAGCCGUAUUGAAUGUGAUCAGGAUAGUCAGCGAAGUAUGUUGUUGGAUGGAUUAAAACAAGCUUUGGGUUCUGUUAUGCUUUCAUCAACUAAUGUGCCUUCAGUAACAUCAACUAGUAUGGUUUAUUAUGGUGCUGACCCGGUGUAUUCUAAAACUCAUUCAUCCAUGCUGCAUGAGGAUAAAUCGCAACUGACAACUGGAUAUAUGGUUCCUGUACGCAGACACUUGUCGUGUGUCGGAUCUACAGAUAACUUAAGUCCUGGGUCACUUGUGGAGAGUCCGACACAUAACUUAUGUCUAGACUCACAGAGAGAAACUCGCAACCGAUUCUCUCGUCCCUCGGAGUCGGACUCUUGUUUUUCUGAAAGUUGUAUCAGCCCGAAUCCUAUAAAUAUUGACCACAAUAAAGAACCGCGAAUGACAUCCUCGUCGUAUCCUGGUGGUGGGACAGAUAGGUUUUACCAAGUAUUUUUUCCUACUAGAAACCAGGAAUACAAAUCUGGGGAUUUUCAUUUGUUGGAAACAUUAUCCCCAGUUGAACAAGUGCAUACUUCAGUGCAUGAAUCCAGUACAAAGACAGAUGCUGAAGUUAACAGGACAUCCAAACAUCACUUUGCUUAUAGUUCAUUUUCUUCACAACCUAGGAAACUGGAUUAUAAAGAUCCUGUUGUACCUUUACGUGUGGGACUACCGUCUCUGACCCCUACUGGACGUGCAGAUGUUCGUAAAUGUCGUAAGGUGUAUGGAAUUGAAAAUAGGGACCAAUGGUGUAAUCAGUGCAAGUGGAAGAAAGCAUGUCGACGUUUUCCAAAUCCUUGUCCAACUUCGAGACAUCCUCAAGGAGUAACUAAUCGUAACUUCUCUAUUGAAAAGGGUAAUCGACAAUCUCUUGAUUCUAAUGUAUCUGAAACGUGUGUUACAUGUUCGUCUGAUCUAACUAUACCUAAUAAGGCUACUCCAAGUAGUUGGUCAGUUUCGAGUUUUUCUUCAUGUGAAAAAUCAUCUAAUUGCUUGACUGAUUCUUAUAUGAACCAAACUGGCGAAUGAAAAAAGAUAAUUAGUCCCUUAAUCACACACAUAUGCAGUAAAAUUCAGUUUUUUGAAUGAUUUAUUGUUGUUCAUUAGCUGUCUACUUUACAGUUAUUGAAAACAAAUAGGUUCUUCAUCCAAAAAAAUUGUCCCAGUUGUUUGUUCGGUUGCGAAUUGAUGGUUUUUACACUAUCUCCAGUAUUUUUAUUCAUUCUUUUUAUACUACAUAUAGUCAGUCAAUCAACCGGUACCGUCUUUUUAUUUAAACAAACACGGUCAUUCAGUAUGUUGUUUCUUCUUUUUUCUCUCUUAUCUACUUACCACUUAUCAUUUCUGCACAGUACACAUCUACUUCACCCCUUCGUCAUUACACGUCACUUCUCAGCAGUUAGACAGCAUUCAUAUUCAAUCAUUCACAUGUGUUGACACAAAGAAGCUUAUUAUUUAUUCACAAAAAUAUUUUGGUAAGAUUACUUUGCAUUUCUAUCGCAUACUAUUUCAUGUUUUGCUAUUCACUCUCAUUGUUACUGACUCUUUGUAGUCAAUGUCACUGGUAAUCAUCGUUUCUGCAUUGAAAUCGAUUGUAUUGACUUCAUCGCUUAUUUUCUGUUAACCACAUAUAAUCAUUUCAUUGUUUGACUGUCGUUGUUUCUUCUUUCUUCACAUUCCGUUUAAACUUGUCUUGUUUUCCUACUACUGGCGAUGUGGUUCAUAAUGAAAUAAGGACUAUCUGUUAGGUCAGACCAAAUUUGAUGAUCCGGUCAGUUACUUAUAGUUGAUUAUUGGUUAACUUUCGUUUCCAGUAUUAUUUUAUUCUGUUUGGUAUUGUGUAUUUCGCCUUAUUAACUGAAGCCAAAGAUGCCUUCUCGUUAACAUUUAUGCAUAUGUGUGUGUGUGUGUUCGUGCGUUUAUCCUUCAAGUUUUAUGAAGCAUACCGGUUCACUCCUAGCUGCUGUAUACUUCUUACUCUUUCUCAUAAUUGUUUUUUAUUUUCAAUCAAAUAAAUCAUAUUAAUUCUGAGCAAAAAUGUAUUUUAUAUCUUGUUCAGUAUUCUUCUUUUUGCUAUCAUCUGUUCAUGUGUUGGGGAACGAGCAUAAUUUUGUUAACUUUUUGAUAACUGAACACUAAUGUCUAUCGUCAUACACAAAUUUAUUUGAAACCCUCCUCAAGUGUUUACUUUCUCAUUUUUUCAUGUGUUCAUCUUUUUUCUCCACGUCUCCUCCACUCAUCAUACCAUUGUCUUUCAUUUCUUAUAAUAAUAGUUAAUAAUGAUAACAAAAAGAGAUGAG